GUGUAUGGCUAUGAUGAUUUGCAGAUGCUUCAAACCAGGUUUCCUUUGGAUUAUUAUGGGAUCCCAUUUGCCACUCCUACAACCCCAAUCACAGGGAGAGAAGCAGGCCUGACAAACACCCCCUACCCCGGUGACCUGUCUAAGUUUGGCCGUGGAGACGCCUCCUCGCCAGCUCCCGCCACCACCUUGUCCCAGCCCCAGCCGAGCCAAACCCAGGCCCACCACACCACCCAGCAGACAUUCCUGAACCCCGCCCUGCCCCCCGGCUACAGCUAUACCAGUCUCCCCUACUACGCUGGGGUCCCCGGCCUCCCCAACACUUUCCAGUAUGGACCCGCCAUGUUUGCUGUCCCUCCAUCAUCCUCCAAGCAGCACGGAGUGAACGUGAAUGUCAACGCUUCUGCCGCGGCAUUUCAGCAAGCGAGUGGCUACGGCACGCACGGUUACAGCACGGCUGGCGUGUCAGUGACCUCAAGUAACACGGGCGUGCCCGACAUCUCAGGAUCUGUGUACACAAAGACGCAGCAGUCUUUUGACAAGCAGGCUUUCCACACUGGAACUCCCACAGCCUCGUUUAACCUGCCCUCGGCCCUGGGGAGUGGGGGACCUGUCAGUGCAGCCACCGCAGCCGGCUAUCCUCCCCCCUUCAUGCACAUCCUGACCCCCCAUCAACAACAGAUGCACUCGCAAAUCCUCCACCUGCAGCAAGACAGCCAGAGUGGAACAGGACAACGCAGUCAGACUAGCAGCAUCCAGCAGAAAUCGCAGGCCAACAAAUCAGCUUACAACAGUGCCGGAUACUGGGGGCCCAACUGACGGGCCUGCACGGCUGGAGAGAGGGGGGUGGGGGGAGUGGGGAGUGAGAGAGAGGAGCGGUGGUGGGGAGAGAAAGGGAGAACAGUUCCCUCCCAUCGCCGCUAGCCUCACCUUUUAAGAAAGAUGAAGAGUGUGUAAAACUCCUGAGCGAGCUGUGAGUUUUUUUUUCCCCCCCUCGAAAUGACACGAUUAAGUCUUGACUACACGUCAUGUAGCAACGAGAAGUUUUCGAACCAGUUUCUGCUUUUUGUCUGUAUUUCCCCCACGUCCUUACUGUUGUAAGUAUAAUCUAGAAUCUUCUUCUGUUUUCCGCAGUCAAAAUACAACGUGGGGGUGGUGGGGGGGGAAGAAUUGCUGUUUUAUUUUUGUCAUUUUGUCCCAGCCUGUCUUGAAGGAAGGAUCCAGAAGCUUCUAUGAUUUUCCAGAACCUUCCCCCCCGUUCCCCCUCCCUUCCCCCUCUCACCCGCCCCUACACUGUCCCUCCUCUCCCCCCCACCCCGUUCUGUAGGAUUGAAACCAAACCAAUAAUAUGGGCUCCAAUGUAUUAUUGCUUCUUUGAGGUGUUAUUUUGUACUGUGCUUGACUUCAGUGAAUGACGUAUCUCUGUGUAUAUAUAAAACACAAAGUGCUAUAGACGGGACUGGCUUCCAUACCUUCUCUUCUAUGGCUUUUUGUAAUUAAUUUCCUGAUAUAAAAAAACAACCAAG